AUGCUUCUCUUAUUAUGGUACAAAAGAACAAUGAGAGUAAUAAACAGGAAAUAAGAAAUGUUAGGGAAAUUCUAUUACAAGUAAAAAAGGUUGCCCAAAUAGAUAAUGUACAGAUGUGCCUACAACAACUCUGAAAAUUUCAUAUCAAGAUGUUUAUACAAUGGAGUAAGAUAAGCACCUAAAAGUGCCAAUUGCACUGUAUAUAAGGAAAAAUAAAUAAUUUGUUCAUGA